CUAACGUGGGUCUCAUUUAUAUAGUUUAUAGUGAUUUCAUGAUAUUCUUUCACAAUGUCAUCCAAAGAGAAGUCGAGAGAAAGGAGUAGCCGUAAGGCCACGGGAAUUAGGCAGAGGAUCUGGAACAGCAGCGGACGAGUCCUGUUUUGUCUGCUCCUGGGGACGCUGUGGGAGACGGGAGACGGACAGAUCCGCUAUUCAGUCCCAGAGGAAAAAGAAAAAGGCUCUUUUGUGGGGGAUUUGGCAAAGGACCUGGGAUUGGAGCCCCGGGAGUUGUCGGAACGCCGGGUCCGCAUUGUCUCCAGAGGUAAGGCGCAAUAUUUCUCUCUCAAUUCGGAAAGCGGCCAUUUGUCUAUCAAUGAGAAAAUAGACAGAGAAGAGCUGUGCGGUCAGAUUACUCAAUGUCUGUUAACUAUUGAGAUACUGGUUGAGAGUCCAGUGAAACUCUUCGCAGCAGAAAUAGAAAUAUUGGAUAUAAACGACAACAUUCCAAGCUUCCAAGAACAAGACACGGUCUUAGAGAUCAGCGAAGUCACAGCACCCGGCACUCGCUUUUUCCUCCCGGACGCCCGUGAUCCCGAUGUGGGUAGGAAUUCCCUCCAGAGUUACUCGCUAAGUAACAACCAACAUUUCAGUUUGGAAGUGAAAACCAAGGCUGGAGGCAAGAAGUAUGCAGAAAUGAUUCUGGAGAAACCUCUUGAUCGCGAAGUCAAGGCUGUGCACACUCUGACUCUCACAGCCACUGAUGGGGGAGAUCCGGCCCGGUCAGGAACCACCCUUAUCCAUGUCAAGGUCUUGGACGCGAACGAUAACGCGCCGAUUUUUGACCGGACACUCUAUCAAGGGAAAGUUAGAGAAGAUAUUCCUAGAGGGUCGCCUGUUGUCAGAGUUAAAGCGAUGGACAAAGACGAGGGUUCAAAUUCACUAGUGACCUACUCACUUGUAAAGUUAUCCGACAAAGAUUCGGACCUUUUUGUCAUGGACCCCCAAACCGGCGAAAUCAAAAUAGAAGGAAAUCUGGAUUUUGAAGCCAUGGAGUCUUACGAAUUGGAGAUCCAGGCUAAAGAUAACGGAGGGUUAUCCACUUUAUCGAAAGUGUUGCUAGAGGUGGUUGACGUGAAUGACAAUGCCCCAGAGAUUACAGUAACUUCUCUCUUCAGUCCUCUUUCUGAAGAAAGCCCCCCAGGGACAGUGAUUGCUCUGUUAAACGUUCACGACAGGGAUUCGGGGGAUAAUGGGAAGGUGACUCUUUCAAUCCAAGAGAAUCUGCCUUUCCGGCUAACGAAGUCACUGGGAAACUAUUACAGCUUGGUGAGUGAGGACGUGCUGGACAGAGAGGUAAAGUGUUGUUAUAACAUAACCAUCAGAGCUCAGGACGGGGGGCUCCCCCCACUUUCCUCUUCUCAAUCACUGGAGCUGAUACUUUUGGAUGAAAAUGACAAUCCACCAUUUUUCCCCCAGAAAUCCUAUGUCACGUAUUUAAUGGAAAACAAUCCGGUGGGAACCUCAAUAUUUGCUGUAAAGGCUGCUGAUCCGGACUGGAAAGAAAACGCGCAAAUCACUUACUCCGUUAGUGAAAGGCCUGGCCAGGAACCGCCUCUGUCCUCCUACGUGUCCAUUAACUCAGAGACUGGAGUCCUGUACGCUCUGCGCUCUUUCGACUACGAGCAAUUCCGGGAGCUGCAGCUACAGGUCACUGCUCGGGACGGGGGGACCCCGGCCCUCAGCAGCAACGUGUCCGUGACUCUCCUGGUGGUAGACAAGAACGACAACGCCCCAGAAAUCCUGUACCCAUCCUUACCCACCGACGGCUCCACCGGGGUGGAGUUGGCCCCACGCUCGGCCGAAAGAGGCUUCCUGGUGACCAAGGUGGUGGCGGUGGAUGCUGACUCGGGCCAGAACGCCUGGCUGUCCUACCGCCUACUCAAGGCCACGGAGCCGGGCCUCUUCUCGGUGGGGCUGCACACGGGCGAGAUCAGGACGGCCCGAGGCUUUCUGGACAAGGAUGCCCUCAAGCAGAGCCUCGUGAUCGUUGUCAAGGACAACGGAGAGCCCCCUCUCUCUGCCACUGUCACUGUCACGGUGGCCGUGGCCGACAGCAUCCCCGAGAUCCUAGCGGAUCUGGGGAGCCUCUCGACGCCCGUAAACCCCGAGUCCAGUCUCACGCUGUAUCUGGUGGUCGCUGUGGUCGCCGUGUCCUGCCUUUUCUUGGCCUUCAUCAUCGUGCUGUUGGCCCUGAGGCUCCGCAGGUGGAGAGCUGCUCGGCUGCUGGAGUCGUCGAGCGGGUACCUCGGAGGCGUCCCAGCCUCGCACUUUGUGGGCAUCGACGGGGUCCGAGCUUUUCUCCAGACUUAUUCCCACGAGGUGUCCCUGACCACGGACUCCCGGAAAAGUCAGUUGCUCUUCCCAAAAUCAAGUCAUACAAGUGUGAUCUUGGAUAGUCCUUGUCCAGAGAGUAAAGAGGUUCCUGUUAUCCUGGACGCUUCAAAAAACAAUGAAUUGGAUGAGUCCUUGUUUCAGAACACCUUGGUUGAUUCUUCACUCAGAAACCUCCACCUCUGAUGACACAGUCCCAAAAGGAAAAAAAUCUAGUUGUCCUGGUUCCCAGAGUAGAGUUUUUUUUCCCUGAAGGACAAAUAAUAGGGCUAAAGUAGUAGUAGUAGUAG